UUGCGCGUGAUCUGUGCUGCCGGGCCUCUGCCCCUCCCUCUGGGCGGAGCUUCCUUUUCACUGCCAGACUUAAGCCGAGGCCUUUGGGUCCCUAGAGGGGUGCAGCACCGAGCUCAGGCUACGCUGCUGUGUUCACACUGUGUGCUUGCGCCAAGGGGGCAAUGGCAGCUCCCUUUGUCCUCCUGCACACUGGGCAGAAGAUGCCCCUGAUUGGUCUAGGCACAUGGAAGAGUGAUCCCGGCCAGGUAAAAGCAGCCGUUAAAUAUGCCCUUAGUGUAGGCUACCGCCACAUUGACUGUGCUGCUGUCUAUGGCAACGAGACUGAGAUUGGGGAGGCCCUGAAGGAGGACGUGGGACCAGGCAAGGCAGUGCUCCGGGAGGAGCUAUUUGUGACAUCCAAGCUGUGGAACACCAAGCAUCACCCUGAUGAUGUGGAGCCUGCCCUCCGGAAGACACUGGCUGACCUUCAGCUGGAGUAUCUGGACCUGUACCUGAUGCACUGGCCUCAUGCCUUUGAACGGGGUGACAACCUCUUUCCCAAGAAUGCUGAUGGGACUGUCCGCUAUGACUCCAUCCACUACAAGGAGACCUGGAAGGCUAUGGAGGCACUGGUGGCGAAGGGGCUGGUACGAGCUCUGGGCCUAUCCAACUUCAACAGUCGGCAGAUUGAUGAUAUACUCAGUGUGGCCUCUGUGCGCCCAGCUGUCUUACAGGUGGAAUGCCAUCCAUACUUGGCUCAGAAUGAACUGAUUGCCCACUGCCUUUCACGUGGCCUGGAGGUGACUGCUUAUAGUCCUUUGGGUUCCUCUGAUCGUGUUUGGCGCCAUCCUGAUGAGCCUGUCCUGCUUGAGGAACCACUGGUCCUGGCACUGGCUGAGAAGUAUGGCCGAUCUCCAGCUCAGAUCUUGCUCAGGUGGCAGGUUCAGCGGAAAGUGAUCUGCAUCCCUAAAAGUAUCACUCCUUCUCGUAUCCUUCAGAACAUCCAGGUGUUUGACUUCGCCUUUAGCCCAGAAGAGAUGACACAGCUAGGUACACUGAACAAAAAUUGGAGAUAUAUUGUGCCCAUGAUUACGGUGGAUGGGAAGUUGGUCCCAAGAGAUGCUGGGCACUCUUUGUAUCCCUUUAAUGACCCAUACUGAGACCACAGUUUCCUGGCAUCCCUUCCAGCUCUCCAACUGAGGUUCUGCUGGCCACCCCACAAAAAAAGGGAGUUAAUAAAAUCAUUGGACCAUA